AUGAUGCAAACCCAACAACCGCCUACUUCUGCCUUGACGAGAUUGGGCGGUGGAGAAGAGAGAAAGCUGAGUUUAGGCUCAUCAUCGGAGGGUCGACGAGACAGUGUUUCUUCUUCUUCAAUUCCUCAAUUAUUAACGGAUUCAAAUAUUGUCCCUAAUAUUUUGGUGAUCGAUGAUGAUUUAGUAACAAGAAAAACUCUUUCAAAAUUACUUUCAAAUUUGGGAUACAAAUGUACAACAGCAGCAGGAGGAAAAGAGGCUUUGAGCUUGUUGUUGCGCGAUGAUGAGGAUCCGUUUCAUUGCCUUUUAGUAGAUGUAAUGAUGCCAGAAAUGGAUGGUUUUGGUUUCAUUCGGGUCUUGAAACAGGCCAUUAAUCGAGAAAUUCCUUGUAUUAUGAUGAGCGGCAGCGAGGAUCCAGAAACCGUCUCAAAAUCAUUCCAAUAUGGAGCAGAAGAUUUUCUUCCAAAACCGAUCAAGGAAGAAAUUCUUAGAGCAAGAAUACAAACUGUGUUAGCAUAUAGAGACCGAAGAAUAAGGGAAAGAUUUUAUAUUAACAAGAUUGUAGAAGAACAGAGAUUAAGAAAUCAACUUCACAUGCAAGAAAAGAAGAAUGAAGAAGAAUUAAUGGCCUUCAAAAAGAAGGUUAGUGAAUCAAUCGAAACACCCAUUCAGUUAAUUGUCGGCACAGUAGGAGACAUUAUGAGUGGAAGUUUAGAUCGAGAGCAAACUAAACUUGCUCUCAUUUCUGUGAUGAAAUCUCUCAGUUCUUCAAAUCUAUAUAGACCAGCCUUUUUAGAUUCUCUCAAAACAACUGAAAUGGAUGAAAGUACCCGUCAUUGGUUGGUGAAUCAAUACACCAAAGAUGCCGAGGAAUAUAACGCUAGAAGAUACAGCAUCAAUGAGAGAAGUAAUAGUCUAGAUUCUGGAAGCUCCACUGACUCGACCAAUAAUUACUCUACCACUCUUGCUCUUCCCAGUAGCGCACAGACCCCAAAUACAACCCAAACCAAACCUGAAGCAGAAUUACCAUUCAACUUGGACACAUACAAACCCGAUGUUGACUUGAAAUCUCUGAACUAUGAUGCUUUCAAAUACUCUGACUAUGAAGAGUUGAAAAAGCACGUCAUGUACUUCUUCAAAUCGCUGAACAUGUUCGAGAUUUUCAAUAUUAAGCCAUUUAAAUUAUGGGCCUUCUUGGGCGAUCUAAGAAAGAAGUAUCGAGCAAAUUUUUAUCACAAUUUUAGACAUUGUUGCGAUGUUACACAAUACCUUUAUUUACUGAUCAAUAAUGAGAAGAUUGAUGCGUUCUUUUCCAAUUUGGAAAAACUUGUGUUAUUAGUUUCUGGGCUCUGCCAUGACAUUGAUCAUCCAGGAGUGAAUAAUAACUUUUUAAUUGCAACAGAGGAUGAGUUGGCCUAUCGAUACAAUGACAAGAGUGUUCUUGAAAAUUAUCAUGCAUUCAAUGCAUUUAAAAUUUUGCAAAAGGAUGAAUGUAACUUUUUAGAUGGCCUCUCUGAGGAUCAAUUCCGAGAAUUUAGGAAAUGUCUCGUCCAGACUAUUUUAGCAACCGAUAUGAGCAAUCACUUUUCCAUCAUUUCAAUUUUCGAAUCUCGAAUAGGAACUGGAAGAUUAUCUAACGAAAACGCUGAGGACAGAAUAUUAUUGAUGCGAGUGUUAAUGAAAUGUUCGGACAUUAGCAAUUUGAGCAGGCCCUUCCCUAUUGCAAAGAAAUGGGCUAACGCAUGUAUUAACGAAUUCUUUUCACAGGGAGAUUUAGAGAGACAGAAAGGGCUUCCCAUUAGCCCUCUCAUGGAUAGAAAUUCUUUGGACUUCCCCAAGUCACAAAUGGAUUUUGGAAAAUUCGUGGUUUCUCCCUUAUUUAAGUUGGUUGCUUCCUCCUUUAAGGAAUUGACCUUCUUACAUGAAUCCGUGUUGAAUAAUAUUGAGACGUGGAGGCACAUUUAUGAAGAAGAACAAGCCAAAAAGGCACUUGCUGCUGCUUCCUCAAGCCCACCGUCAUCGAGUCCACCUCAAGAGAAGAGCCCUCCAGAAAAGCAAGAAGAUUCAAGUAAGAAGGAUGCAUCAACCACCAAAGUGGAUCAGACCAAUGUUGCCCACUCUGAAGAAAAGGUCAGCAACAAUGAUACAGCAAACAUGACGACUACAACAACUCAGCAAAAUACUAAUACUACUGUUAACAGUAGUAUCAGUUCCAAUGAUAGAAUUCUCGAGACUGCCACCACAGUUAAGCCUUCUCAGCUUGCGAGCCAGUCCAACAGUCGUGUGUUGUUCUUUGUCCUGCCAAUCUUGUUCUUAAUUCUCUCACUAAUUCUAUAUUUCCUAACCAUGUAA